UAGGGACUGGCCCGUAUCCAGACGGAUCAAGGUGAUGGAGUGAAUGCACUUCAUUUUUGGCUGUUAACUUAAACGACAGAAGGCGAGGAUGUUUUACUGUUUGAGGCGAUGGUUCUAUCCUCGGUGCAGGACUUCACAGGAAUGAAUGACCAUUUGGGAGUUGACCCCAGCAAAACUUGCUAGGAACGUGUGUAGUUCGUGAUACUUAAGUUUUGCGUUACUUAUAUUUCGUACCAGCUCUGGUGUUUUUCUUUCUUUCUUUUUUAUUUUAUUCUAGUUUUGUUCAUUAGAUAGACAUAAUUAGAUUACUAUCUGAAUAUCGGGACUUCUAAAACAUGGCAGUUUAUGUUGAAGGUCUGAGUAAAGGCGUGGCCAACGAAGUGAUGGCUCAAUUUCAGGAAGUGAUGCGGCAACAGUUGGAGAGCUCCAUGCACACCGAGUUGGACCAACUGUUGGAUACGGCCUCAGGGACUGAGAAGGAGGUGUCCAGGAAAGACUUUGAAGGAUUCAAAAAGCUCUACCACAGAUUCCUGCAAGUGAAGGGGCCAUCUGUAGAGUGGAUCAAGAUACAAAGGCCUCCAGAGGACUCGAUCCAGCCCUAUGACAAGAUCGCUGCUCGGGGCUUGCCGGACAAUGUGGCUGACAGCCUCAACAAGCUGGUUGUGGUGAAGCUCAAUGGAGGCCUGGGCACCAGCAUGGGCUGCAAGGGCCCUAAGAGCCUGAUCAGCGUCCGCAAUGAGAACACUUUCCUGGACCUUACUGUUCAACAGAUAGAGCACCUAAACAAGACGUACAACACAGACGUCCCACUUGUCCUCAUGAACUCCUUCAACACGGAUGAGGACACGAAGAAGAUCCUUCAGAAGUACACACACCACCGUGUCAAGAUACACACCUUCAACCAGAGCAGAUACCCACGCAUCAACAAGGAGUCCCUCCUACCGGUGGCCACAAACAUGGGCGUGACCGGGCAGAAUGCCGAGGUGUGGUACCCUCCCGGGCACGGUGACAUCUAUGCCAGCUUUUACAACUCAGGUGUGCUGGACCAGCUGAUAGCCCAAGGCAAGGAGUACAUCUUUGUGUCCAACAUCGACAACCUGGGAGCCACUGUGGACCUCCACAUACUGCACCACCUGGUCAGCCAACCCAACGGCAAACGUUGUGAAUUCAUCAUGGAAGUGACGGACAAGACACGCGCUGACGUUAAGGGUGGCACGCUGAUCCAAUAUGAGGGUAAACUGCGUCUGCUGGAGAUCGCACAGGUGCCCAAGGCCCAUGUGGAUGAAUUCAAGUCAGUCACCAAGUUUAAGAUCUUCAACACCAACAACCUGUGGAUCUCCCUGGCUGCUGUUAAGAGACUGCAGGAGCAAAACGCCAUGGACAUGGAGAUUAUCGUCAACCCCAAGACGCUGGACGGUGGACAGAAUGUGAUCCAGCUGGAGACGGCAGUCGGCGCUGCCAUCAAGUGCUUUGACAAUGCCCUUGGCAUCAACGUACCCCGUAGCCGCUUCCUGCCUGUCAAGACCACCUCUGACCUGCUUUUGGUCAUGUCCAACCUCUACAGCCUGGAGGCAGGCUCUCUCACCAUGAGCCAUAAGAGAGAGUUCCCAACCACCCCCCAUGUCAAACUGGGCAGCUCAUUCACACAGGUUCAGGAGUACCUGACACGCUUCGAGAGCAUUCCUGACAUGCUAGAGCUGGACCAUCUCACAGUGUCUGGAGAUGUCACCUUUGGGAAACACGUUUCACUGAAGGGAACAGUGAUCAUCAUAGCAAACCAUGGAGAUCGGAUUGACAUUCCAGCUGGCUCCAUGCUGGAGAACAAAAUCGUAUCCGGCAACCUCCGCAUCCUGGACCACUGAUGCCUUCACCCCUCCUGCCGACUUCUGACCCCUCCUCCUUGUGACCCCAUAUCAUGUGACCUAGACAGUUUCAUCCCAGUCAUGUGACCAAGUAGACAUAUAAUCAUGUGACCUGUGCAUCAUUUUUAACUAACACAAACAGAGAGAUUGCCAGAGGUUUCUGUCUCCAAGGGCUGUGAUUGCAUGUGCAGUGCUAUAAUGAACUUUCACCAAUGAGAAGUGGUAAGAUAUGUGUGCCUUCCAGCUGGUGUGUAGCAGUUAGUAGUUGAUUGUUUGUUGUUCGGAAAUGUUUGUUGAUGGGAUAUGGUGCCUCCUAUUGGCCAUUAUCGCUGCUUAAAAGCCAAGUCACAGAGCUGAAGCUUCUCACAAUUUACACUUAAAAAACUGAUAGAAACUGAGUCCUGAACCAGAUUUAUCUUUAUACAUUAUAAAUACACAAAGAGACAACUUGUACAUGAUCAAUUCUGCAACAUUUAAAGAAAGAAUGCAUUCUUGACAAAAGUUGUACUGGCAUUACAGUUAAUUUCAAACAAAGACACCACAGUCUCCAUACAUCCCAGAAUAAUUGGAGUCAUUAAUUAUAGAUGAAGCGCUACUGAUGCAAUCACAGAGCUAUGAAGUGAUAAAAUGAUAUAGCCGCAUGGUUUCCUUGGUCAUCCAUGUUUGUACAGUCGCAGCCUACCUCUUUUCACCUACCAUAACAAGUUAAUCCAGCCAGGUCACCUUAAUUUUAGCACAUUAAAACAUAAAAUUAGCUUGUACCAAAGUGUUUCACAGAAUAAGGAUUAAUAGGGCCCAAUAGCAUUAUUAUUGCAAACAAAACAGGGACAUAAGUGAAACAAAAUGUAAGAGCAGUAGAAGAUGAGAUAAAAUUGAUGAACAUUUUCAAAAACGGUAAUUGAUUUGGCAUUUUCUCGCCAAAACUUUUAGGAAAGCUUAAUCUAUAUAGUGUCGGAGGUACUGCAAUGAAAAAAACCUAUCGUCUCUAGCAUUUGACAGGAUCAUAAGACAGACAAGAACCCUUUUUUGGAGCACUUGAGAGACCUAGUGGUGAUGUACCGAGACAGAAAAAAAGAUAGAAACAGAUAUAUAACAAGGAGCCAUGUAGGAACCGAGUCCAUAUGCAGCUUUCUAAAAUAAAAAAUUGGACAUCAAAAUUGGUUUUAUGUCAAAGAGGGCCCAGUGUUACAAGACCAGAACAGGACUGAUAGGAAAUGUUUCAAACUACAUAUUCUGUUGCAAGGUUUUUUUCAUCACUUUUGUUUUGUUAACACCUUUUUGAUGGCUGCCAAAAUAAACCAACCUGUUGAGCUAUGUGAGUAAAGUAUGGCACUAGCCCUACCAUGGUUAAGGAGUCCAUUCCUAGUAGUACACCCACGCCAACAAUAUUUUGAGCUGUAAUACAACUUUAAAGAAAACAUUCAAAAACUCUAUAAUCAUUGAAUUGGUGAAACCAUGUAGAAUAGAGGCGAGCGUGUCACCUCAUUUUUUCAAAUGAAUGGUUAGAAUACAAAAAAAGCAUUAGAAAGAGUUUAACUUCUCUAGAAAACAAAGAAAACAAUUAUGCUUCCUGUAUGUAGUUACAUGAAGAUAGGUGGCAAUACCCUGGUCUGAAAAGCUCCCAAAAAUGUGUGCCAUGUGAUAACUGAUAACUAUGUAAUGCCUUUCGAGAGUUUUAUCCUUACUGUAUGAUCAGUUUCACUGAAAAAAAAUUAUGAAAUGAUAUGUAAGAAAAAAACGAAGGCCUUUCUUUACUCUCUCAGAUCUUCACAAAGUGUGAAUUUGGGGGUCAUGUUGGGAGAAGAAAAAAAAACAACACUUUGCAGUGUCAUGUGUUUCUGUUCUUUUUAUCUGAAUAGUUUUUGUAGAUGAAGUUGUUUGACUUUUUUUUUACUUCACAUCAUAUCAAGCCUCACUCUUUUACCUUACUGUGUCAAUCCGAUAUCAGUCCAUCCCUCUCUCUGUUCAUCUCUCUAUCAAUCCAUCAGUUGACUCUAGUACAGUAUUUUCUGUCAAUUGUUGGUAACAUACAUCACACAAACACACACACACAUUCAGAUUUUGACUCUGGUAAAAAUUUUACACAACACAGCUUUGUGAAAUGUUUGCAGUGUGAGAAUGCCUGCCUGAGAUGGGUUUAAAGUGUGCAGGCAUGGAGCCUGAAAGCAAUAAGUAUUGUUCUGUAACAGAGAAACGGUCUCGGCCCAGCCCAGCUCUGCCUGACAGAGCUGAAUAAAGUGCAAUAUGGAAUACUAUAAA